CCUCAACACUGAUUCCAUAUGUAUAUUUCUUGAGAACCAUGCGAAUUCGGAUCAGUGACGUCACAGCUCUACGGUCGCACCCUCCGCCUAGCCUAAGUGGAGAGACUAUUUCGACUCAUCUACAAUCAUCAAGCUUUCAGGUCAGGAUCUUGCAUCCUAAGCUGCAGAAAUAAGAUGCCACGGAAGCUGGGUCACAGGCCUCAACGCAACUCCCUCGAUCCCACAGGCAAGCCAAAAUGACAGAAUUUAACCACCACGCCCUCGUGAUCGGCGCUUCAGGAUUGAUCGGUUGGUCAGUUGUGAACCAACUCCUGCAAGAUUCUCCACAACAGCCAUUUAGUAGAAUCUCCGCCUUGGUGAACAGGCCACUAGAUCUGAAAGACUCUCUCUGGCCGAACCCUUCAACAGGCCGUCCUAAGCUACAGCUUGUAUCCGGAGCGAAUCUGGCAUGUAGCGAUGCCGAAUUUGAGGGCUUCCUUCAAAGUCGCGUUCCAGACGCGGCGUCUAUCAGCCACGUGUAUUACUUCGCAUUCAAGAGCAAUCAAGAUGCUGAAAAAGAAGUCGAAAUCAAUGUCAGCAUGAUGCGCCGUGUUGUACGUGCAGUCAAGAACCUAUCAAGGAACUUUCGAUUCAUCGUGUAUCCAGGUGGGACAAGAGGCUAUGGCAUUUACCGUCCUGACGGCAUCUUUACGGCGCCACUCACGGAAGACUUAGCAGAACAGCUGCCAGAUGAUUACAACAAAACAGUCGCAUAUCCACAUUACCGCGCUAUGCUCACCGAGGAGGCCGAAGACUCCCAAUGGACUUGGUGCGAGCUGGUCCCCGACGCUAUAGUCGGCUUCACGCCCAAUGGUUCUGGGUUCUCGCUCGCAGGCCACUGGGCAGUAUAUCUCUACGCCUACAAACUUGCCUAUGGAGAUGAUGCAGCGGUGCCCUUUCCUGGACUCAAGGCUGGCUACGAUGCCAAGUUUACCGAGGUCAGCUCGUCUUCUCUAGCAAAGCUCGCUAUUUAUGCAUCACUUCACCCUGAGAACUUCCGAGAACGCAUCUUCAACAUCGCCGAUAGCCCUGUACCCAGCACCUUCAGACAACGCUGGCCCCAGAUUGCGUCCUGGUUCGGCUUGAAGGGCAUCCCACCGGCCGAGUCGGCAAGCGCAGAUGAUUUGAAGCCAAGUGAUUUCAUCAAACAGCACCAGGAUAAGUUAGAAGAAGCGGGUGUAAAGGGUGUCGAUAUCUGGAACGCAGGCCAACUCGACAGUGUUGGCUACUGGCUAACGUUCGACCGAUACUUGAGCCUGGACAGAGUGAGAGAUGCAGGAUUUACGUCAGAGGGCGAGCCAGAGCAAGGAUGGUGGGACGCAUUCUCCAUGUUCAAAAGGGCCGGAAUGAUCGCCUAACGGGCGUUUUGGUCGACAACUAAGCGUAUGGCUGUAGGAUCUCGAUCUGUAAAGGCUGCGACAAACCUAUGUCGCGUUGGUAAUUCCACCAUAUUCUGUAGGCGUGUUGCCUCCUUGUUUGCUUCCAAGAUGCGAUUAAGAGAUGCUUCACACGGGUUUGCACAAUGAUUAAGGACGCUAUGAGUCGAACGAGACGUACACAAUUGUGCACGGGAAAAGAAAGUUGUCAAGUGCAGAGUGCGCGAAGAAAGUUGGUGCGUUGAAAUACACCACACUGUACAUAGUAACGUAGACGGUCGUUAUGAACAAAGGAAACAGCUACCGUGACCUAGCAUGCGC